AUGUCGAACAUACGAUCCCUUAGCGACCUGAGGAAGGACGAAAAAAAAAACAAGGAGCGCGUAGCGCAUUAUACUGGAGGUCAGAAUAGCGGACUUGAAGUGGAGAACUCAGAUGAUGAUAUGGGCCCAAGUUUCUUCACGUCCAAACUGCCAGAAAACUGUAGACGCAUCACGUUAUAUAAAAAUGGGUUCAUUGUAGAUGAUGGAGAAUUCCGCGAUUUAAAUAUUGAAGAAAAUAAAAAGUUCAUGCAAAACAUUGAGGCAGGCAUAUUACCCAAGGAAUUUGCUGGCAAGGACAAAACGAUGAAUGUAGCCUUAAAGGAUAAGAGCAACGAGGUCUACACAAAGGAGAAAACGGAGAAUACUAAUACAACGUACAAAGGACAAGGAGUCAAGUUAGGGUCCAGUAAAACACCAAGUGUUAGUGAAGAAGAAAUAAAAAAACUCGAAGCAUCUUCCCCCACUGAUGUGAAGAACAUCCAUGUAGACGAUUCCAAGCCGAUUACCACAUUACAUGUUAGAUUAUAUAAUGGAAAAAAAAUUUCUCACAAAUUUAAUUAUGACCAUACAGUGGAGGACUUGUUUCAAUUCGUGCAUAGCUACACCCCAAUAAAUUUUUCUCUCUUUUUUGAUUUCCCCCUCAAGCCAAUUGAGCGCUCCGAUCAGACGUUGCAAGAGGCCAACCUGAUAGGCAUGCUCAUUACGCAGAAGCUUACAUAG